AUGAAUGGAAGGAUCAAUAAUUGGUUCAGGAGGCUGUUAUCACGCGGAGGGAAAGAGGUACAGAUCAAAUCGGUUGCACAAGCGACCCCCUCCUACGUUAUGUCUUGCUAUCUUGUUCCGCAGGGAGUAUGUAAAAAGCUUUCCGCCACAGUGGCGAGGUUUUGGUGGAGUACAAGAGAUAAUAAUCGAGGGAUUCACUGGAUUGCUUGGGAUAAAAUUUGCGUUCCCCUGGGGAAAGGAGGUUUGGGUUUCCGAGAUUUUAGAGACUUUAAUCUUGCCUUAUUAGCGAAGCAGGUAUGGCGCUUGUUGGUAUUCCCGGACUCUCUGAUAGCACGUGUACUCAAAGGUCAAUAUUAUCCUCACUCGAACCCUCUCCGUACGGGUAAAGCCUCGACACCAUCAUAUGGAUGGAGAAGCUUGAUGGCAGCAAAACAUGUUCUUGAAGACAACAUCUGUAGAACAAUUGGAACAUGA